CCCGUCGGGCGCAUCUCUCACAGGUCGCUGUUGGGUUUCGAUGCAAAUUCACACCGGGCGGCUCCAGUUCACCUUUUUAUUUUAGAGUUAAAACUGCCAGACACCGAAGAAUCAGUGAGUUUAUUUGAGAAAAUAAAAGUGUCGGCAAUGGAGAGGAGGAUUACUACUUUAACCCUGCUGUGUCUGGUGUUGUCAGGUGUUGGUGCCAUCAAUGUGAAUAUCCCCAAAGAAAUGUAUGAGUAUGCCAGGGGUGACAACAUCACAUUGCCCUGCACCUUUCAACCGAAAGCUACUAACCCCUCACUAGUCAUCAUCACCUGGUCUUCUGAGGCUGCAGCAGCAAACGCUAAAGAGAACACAAUCGCCACCUAUUUUUCUACUGGUACUACUGACAUCUCAUCGCAGUAUGAAGGCCGGGCGUCCCUGGAUGUGGAUGUUCCCACGGGAAAGGCCGACCUGAGACUGUCUUCCAUCACCCUAGCAGAAAACAAAGUGUUUGAGUGUCGUGUCCAGAUUCCAGGUGACGAUGAGGGCAAGCCAGCCGACACUGCUCGUGUAGUGGUUCUAGUGGCUCCAUCAAAGCCUAUCUGCAAGAUCGAGGGCAAGGCAGAGUACGGCCAAAACAUCAACCUGACCUGUAAGUCUGAGGAAGGCUCCCCGCCACCAACUUAUAAGUGGGAAAGUCGAGAUGUCAGGAACAUACCUCGUGUGCCAGACCCCAGAACCACCGACAAGGGAGGAAUCCUGUCUCUAUUCAAUAUCUCCAAGGAGGCAUCAGGAUUCUACAUCUGCACCUCAGCUAACAAGAUUCGCUCUGCUACCUGCAAUGUCACCCUUGCGGUCAUGCCACCUUCCAUGAACAUUGGCUCCACUGCAGGAAUCAUCGGUGGUGUUGUCGCCGCACUGAUCGUACUUAUCAUCAUCAUCUAUUGCUGCUGCUGCCGUAAGAAGGAGAAGAAGGAGGAAUAUGCCAUGGGAGUUCGAGAGGGAGAGUACAGCGACAAAGAGCCACCUAGAAAUGGUGAGAGUCGCCGUGCUGAUGGGGAGGAGGACCCACGUGAUUACGAUGACUCCAGUGUGAGGAGCCCUGGCGGUCACAGUGACCGCUACGAGGGACGGAGUGAGCGUGACUACGACACACGCAGAGAUUAUGAUGACCGACGUGACUACAACGAUCGCCGCAGCGAUUACAAUGACCGACGCAGUGAGUACGAUGAUCGCCGAAGUGACUACGAUGACCGCCGCAGCGACUACACUGAUCGCCGUGACUACGAUGACCACCGUGACAGGUACAGUGAUCGCAAUGACCGCUAUGAUGACGACCGUCGCUAUGAUGAUGAGCGCUAUGAUGACCGCAGAGACCGACGUCGUGAUGAUGACGACCGCUAUGAUGAGCCCUAUGAUGAUCGUGAGCAUGACAGACCUCCUGUGCCAGCCAAUAAGCCAAAGGAUUAUGAGGUCUAAAGUCUCCAACAUGUAUCAACCACUCUCUUCAGUCCUCUGUUUUAUCUCCAUUGACUUAACCCUAUAGUGGCCAGUAACCACACACUCAAGGUGUGACCUGAUUGGCCCAAACAACAUUUUUGCCUCCAUGAAUGUAGUUCUGACAUAAUUGGCCCAAAAAAACAAACCUAUACUCAAUUCAAGAGAGGCAAUAUAGUGGUGAAGUAAUGAGUCCAAAAGUUCAUUUGCCUUUAUGCACUUCUGGUUCCCUCAUCUUAAAGUCUAUGUUUUUUUUUGAAUGGGUUUUCUGUAAAAUACCGUAAAUACGAUCUGUGUUUAACACAGGCCAAAGAUAUUAACACAUUUUGUUCUGCAUAUACGUCCAUAUAAACCCGAUUUUGUAACUUUUAAUGUUUUACUCAUCUUGAAAAAGGCAGUUGCUACCAAGUGGCUAAAUGGGACUACAGUGUUUGUCAGGGAUGCAAGACGUCAUCACACCGGACACAGACACUCAUUAAACCCACUCACCCAACUUUACAGUGCUCAAACUUGUAGAUUUACCUCUUUAUAAUAUUUUUCGAUUGUUUUAAUGUGUUUUUACAGUGUUUGUAGUUGUGACGUUUAAGUUGUGUGACCAUGAUGUAGUUCGUGUAUAGCCUACCAAUACCUUUUUACACUUGCCAAUUUCAUUUACAUUUUGAAACACACAAAAAUGGUGUUCAUCUGUGGAGAUUAUCAUGCUGAACAAAAUGUGUAGGUCUCAUAAACUCAUGUUCAUCAAAAAGCUUAUUUUUGGCGAUAAUCGAAAAUCCCAUUCAAAAAUCCCAUAAGGUUUUGGACGAGGGAACUAGUGCAAUGCUAACUUCCUGGUUAGCCAACAAAAAUACGUCACCCCUUCACCACUCUAUAUCUGUAAUUUUAUGUAUGAGAUGUUGAACAUUUUUCACUUGUUUGUGUGAAAAUCAGUUGAAGAGUGGCAGGGAGCCCAAAAUAGCGGUCUCAAAGCCCAUAAAGCCUGAUCUGUUAUCAUAAGCUAGAUUUCGGGGGCACACAUGGGACACUUGCCCCUCAGUAUAUAGAACAAGCAUUUGUCCUCCUCCAAAUAAAACAUUAGUAGCAUAGGACUUUAAUUUUGUAGAAAAUAAUACAAUUUCCAUCAUAAAUUAAUGAGAAAAAGGCACAAACAGGUGCAGAAAAAUUCAACAGAAUGCAGGAAAUUAAGUCUUUGACACUCAAAAUUUGAAAGCAGAGGACCCUCCAAACCGUGUACCUGAACAGUUUCAAAUGUGUCCCCCCAAUUUUUAAAUGAAACCUAUGCUGUUGUUUGUUUUAAACAGGGACUGGAGUGCUAGGUGGGCUCAACAGUCAAAAACUAAAUUAGGUGGAAUUUUAUCUUUAGACUCAAUAUGUUGGCAUUGUUACAUAAGAACGCAAGGCUCAGUCAGUGUGACUCUUGCUGUUGGGUGUAAUGUGCGGGACACACUGUCUGCGUGAGCAGCGCGUGAGCAUCACAGAACCUAUUGGGUUUUUCUUAUUUGGCGCCCAUGUUAACAGGUUAAAGCACUCGCACUGCUGGUGUUAGCAAUGCAAUGAAGCUACGCCACAUCUAGAGAAACGGUGGCUCAGUGAUUUUUUUUCCACAUGACACGUGGUUGUGAGCAGAAAUACACAAUGAAAAUGGUGUUUAAUAAUUAUAUUAAUAUUAUACCACCUUUUACUAGUUUCAAUUUCUCUGUCACAGACAUUAGGAAAUAGAAACAUCUUUUUUACUUAACCUUUCCUGUUUUCAUUUCCAACUACAAGUCCCCUGACAAAGUUUCUGUCAACAGAAUCCCUACAAUUGUUGACACAAGGCAUUUUAUUGUGAAAUAUUUGCAGGACUGUGUUACUGACAAUGCAGAAACUUGCAUGGCUUCAUAAAUGAGUGGACUAUGUGCUUACAAUUGUGGGAAUACAGAACAUAUAGCAGCAGGCAGCCCUGCAACAACUUCGCAGCAAAGAUGCUUUCAGUGUGAAUCCUGCAACUGACAAGACGCAGCAGUUCGGUGAGGUUGCUGUCACGUGCUACUCUUGCAUGUAGUGUGUCCUGGGCCUAACUGUUGGUAGUUUGCUGUUUAAAGAAGCUAUCUCUUCACUAAAGAGAAGGCCUUCAGUUUUGUUUCAUUGUUUAUGCUCGAUAAAACAAUUUUUGUUUUAGUUGUAAUGUAGUUUUCUUGUAGUUUAGUUUUCUUUUAGUUGUGUCUAACUUUGUGUAGAAAGGUAGACAUUAAACCAGAUUUAUUGUCCUCUCUAUUUGGUGCUUUCAAUUUUGCUUCACAAUGAUUUUCAAGAAACUAGAACUAGAACCUACUCUCAUUGUUGGAAUUGAUAAUUUCUCCAUGUCUCUCAGUUUUUUAUUUAAUUUUAUUUUUUUUAUUUAAAAAUUGCAAAUGAAACAUACACUUAAUACAUCUAAACUUUUAAGACAGUAGACCAGUAAUACUCAACCUACAGUGGGCCCAAUGUGGCCCACGAUAGGGUGCUAUGGGCCCACAAACCAUAUUCACACUAAAAAUAAACUGAUUCACAUGAAGAUAUAUAUAUUUUUGUACUCUUAAUGCAAAUAAGGUACCAGAGUACAAAAAGGGAGUUUGUUUAUUAAGAAAAAAGAAAAAAAAAAGUUUAAUCAUGUUGAAUUUUUUUGAGACAUUUUUGUUGAAAAUGCAAUUAAACAAAGAAUGACAGUGUACAUUACAAAUACGUUUAUUAUAAUUAUUAUUUUUAUCUUAGCAAUUGUAAAGCUUUACAUUGGGAUUUGUGUUGUGAAACAUUGUGAGAUGUUUUCCACUCAUGAAAUGCGCUGUAAAGAUAACGCUGAAAUAAAAUAAACAUAACAGCAAAUUCUUGUAAAUGUAUAAAUCCUGAACACAAGAUGGCCACAUACACCUUCCAAGAAAGCUGGAUUCUCAUAUAACCAGGAUUGGUAGUUUGGCCAGUCAACAUGUAUAAACAAAAAUAUAUUAUUAAUAAAAGUAGUACCACU